GGAGGUUGGAUCAGCCUCACUGCCAUCACUGGAUUGUACAAACCAAAAGUGUCCUCAACUCCUCCUCCUCCUCAAUUACCUACAUGCUGAGCUUACUGCAUGCGGGACGAUCAACAACAGGCUCUUUUCACAGAAAAUACAACAUACGACAGGGCAAGCAUCUCAUUGAGUUAGUUGCCUUUUCUGCGUAUCCAAGCUGAAGUUGGACGAUUUGCGCGUGUGUGCGCGCCAUGACAAACUGUCGUAGAGGAGCCGAAGACACGAGAACGAAGAUAUAGUCACUUACACGAUCCUUAUCUUCAUUUAAUCCUUUCCCGGGAAUUAUAUUGCUGCUGUUUUUAUUUAUUCUUCGACGAUGCAACGUCGGAUUUUUUCUGCGUAAUGACCGGUGGCAGCCGACAAGCUCCAAGACUGAUUUCUGAAGAGGCGAGAGAGAAAAACUAUUGAGAUCUCACACUGACAAAUGCAUGUCCAAAAUGUGGUAACUGAAAGUUACUCACGAAGAAAAAGGAGGGUCCAGUGUUGCACAUGUAGAGGGGGCAUCAGGAGCUGGUAUGCACUCAAAGCUCUGGAAUGCUCGUAUAGGUUAUACCAAUCUAUCUGUAGCGGGUGCAUGCUUUGAGGUCUGAGAAAUUAUUGCAUACAAAAGAGCCGGAGCUGACAGUUUUGAUAACGAUUAGCUCGAUCAGAUUCUCCAAACGGGAUUUCUUUAAUGAGAGAGAGAGGUCAUAUGAACUGCACAGGACUAGAAGUGCGUCUCACGGAAAUAUUGGGUUGCAGAUCUGACGGAAACACGUGCUGUUCGGUCUCAUCUGCGGCGACGAUGCUUUUCCACGGUCUGCCUGGAGGCGAGAUGCAUGGUGUUAUGGAAGAAAUGGAGCGGAGAGGAAAGAGAGAUUCUGCGACUAUCAGCUCGGCCAUAGAUAUGGGGGAAACAGAGACGAACAUGCCCUCCAUCAGCGGGGACCGGGUAGCUCUGUGUGCGGGCUGUGGAGGGAAGAUCUCGGAUCGCUAUUACCUGCUCGCGGUGGACAAGCAGUGGCACAUGCGCUGUCUGAAAUGCUGCGAGUGUAAACUAAACCUGGAAUCUGAGCUCACCUGCUUUAGCAAAGACGGGAGCAUCUACUGCAAAGAAGACUAUUACAGAAGGUUUUCGGUGCAGAGAUGUGCCCGGUGCCACCUCGGGAUCUCGGCCUCGGAAAUGGUCAUGAGAGCCAGGGAUUUGGUGUACCACUUGAACUGUUUCACCUGCACGACGUGCAACAAAAUGCUGACGACUGGGGACCACUUCGGCAUGAAAGACAGUCUAGUGUACUGCAGGCUACACUUUGAAACGCUCAUCCAGGGAGACUUCCCCACGCAUUUCAAUCACACGGAUGUAGCUCCUAAUAAAGGACUGGGCAGCACGGGCCCUCUAGGACUGUCUUAUUAUAACGGCGUGAACACGGUGCAGAAGGGCCGACCGAGAAAGAGGAAGAGCCCGGGGCCCGGAGCCGACCUGGCGGCGUACAACGCAGCUUUGAGCUGCAAUGAGAACGAUGGCGAUCCAAUGGACCGGGACUCUCAAUACAACAGCAGCCAGAAGACCAAACGCAUGAGAACGUCUUUCAAACACCAUCAGCUGAGGACCAUGAAGUCGUAUUUUGCCAUAAACCACAAUCCUGACGCCAAGGACCUGAAACAGCUGGCUCAGAAAACAGGAUUAACCAAACGUGUGCUACAGGUUUGGUUCCAGAACGCUCGGGCCAAGUUCAGACGGAACCUUCUACGUCAGGAGAACACGGGUGUGGACAAAGCCUCGGACGGCUCGACCCUGCCCGGAGGAACGCCUUCCGGACCGGCCUCGGAGAUUUCCAAUGCCUCCAUGAGCCCGUCCAGCACCCCCACCACCCUCACAGACCUUACGAACCCCACCAUGCCGACUGUCACCUCCGUACUGACCUCUCUGCCGGGCAGUCUGGACGUUCACGAAUGCCGGAGUCCCUCGCAGAGCACGUUGACCAGCCUCUUCUGAUGCUCAUUUAGAGACGUGCGAGUGUGUCGACACCUCUGCCUGACGCCCAAUCCCGGAUGCGGUGUUACCAGGGUUCGCCUUUUCAACGUCUCAUUGACUUUAUGAAAUAUCCACUGAAAUCAGAAACAGCGUUAUUUUAUCAUUUUGUGAAGCAUCAUUUCAUUGUGACUCAAGUUAUUCACAAACCCACUGUCAAACAUUUAAACCGAUCUACCUGGACAUCUGUCGUGUAGGCCAGGAGCUCUACUGAUGUGGCCGAUUUGACAUUAUAAGGACGCUGGGAAGUAGGAGAGAUGAACUGUCGCUUGGCCACGAGCCGCUUUAGAGUAUUGGAAGCAGACUCGAGUCUCACUGACGGAUCUGUUGAGCAUUUUCUGUUUAAAGUCUUUGAAGCCAUUCAAGACUUGAUUUGCAUUUUUAUUUCAUUCGUCCCCCAGCAAUGUUUACAGUGAGAGACUGAGACUGCAGAUGAUGGCAACAGAUCCAUGUUCUUAUUUAUGUUCACACACGGGGGUCAGUGCGUGGAAAACCGGAUUACAAUGUGAAUCACGAGAUAAGAGUAAAAACAGCAAAGGUUAGCCUGACUGUCAUGUGCCUUAUCCUGCAGUGUAGUCACUGAAGCCCCUUUAGCGUCGCUGAAAGAAUGACAUGUAUAUUUUCAUUUCUCGGAUGAAAACGGUGAUUCUGCAUACACGCGUAGAUAAACACACAGAGGAAAGUUACGUCCGUAUACUCUCAUUCCAACAUAUUACCUCACUCAGACAUCACUGGAUAUGAAGCAGUAUGAGGUGUUUCAAUCUCACGAGACGACACAAAGCACUGAUAGAAGAAACAGCACAGAGAGACUGACUCAAAUCUGUAAAAAGACAAACCUUGACAGGAAUAGCACCUGAAACGGAUCCAAUCGCAAAUAAAUACUGAUUUAUGGAAGGAAACCUGUUUUUUCCUCAUUCGGUUAGGUGAUUUUUUUUGUGUUCAACCAUUAAGAUGUGACAGUGUUGGAGACAGGGUAAAUGUUUCCAUGGUAACCUGAGGCUGCUUGUUGAAAAUGCUGUACAGUUUUGACAGAUUAUUGAGUAAUUGAGUCCACUCCCUGCAGUAUACCCUUUGAUGUAAAUCUUCAGUUCUGUAAAAAAUAU